AACUCCGCUAUGUGUAUGAGCGCAAUCAAGCUAGCAGAGCGCAACACGCGUCCAUCUCCAAGAAGCGGAAGCUAGUGGAGCAGAGCAAACCAAGCAAGGUUGGAUGGCGCCGGCGGUGAAGGUGUACGGGUGGGCCGUGUCGCCGUUCGUGGCGCGCCCACUGCUGUGCCUGGAGGAGGCCGGCGUCGAGUACGAGCUCGUGUCCAUGAGCCGCGCGGCCGGCGACCACCGCCAGCCGGACUUCCUCGCCCGGAACCCCUUCGGCCAGGUCCCCGUCCUCGAGGACGGCGACCUCACCCUCUUCGAGUCGCGCGCGAUCGCGAGGCACGUGCUCCGGAAGCACAAGCCGGAGCUGCUGGGCUGCGGCUCGCCGGAGGCGGAGGCGAUGGUGGACGUGUGGCUGGAGGUGGAGGCCCACCAGUACAACCCCGCGGCCAGCGCCAUCGUGGUGCAGUGCAUCAUCUUGCCGCUACUGGGCGGCGCGCGGGACCAGGCGGUGGUGGACGAGAACGUAGCCAAGCUCAAGAAGGUGCUGGAGGUGUACGAGGCACGGCUGUCGGCGUCCAGGUACCUCGCCGGGGACGACAUCAGCCUCGCCGACCUCAGCCACUUCCCCUUCACGCGCUACUUCAUGGAGACGGAGUACGCGCCGCUGGUGGCGGAGCUCCCCCACGUGAACGCGUGGUGGGAGGGGCUCAAGGCCAGGCCGGCCGCGAGGAAGGUGACGGAGCUCAUGCCGCCGGACCUUGGGCUUGGAAAGAAAGCAGAGUAGUGAUGACUGCCGCCAACGUUCACCAGGAUCGAGCAAGUCACUGUCGAGUCUCCGGUUUUGCGUUGUACGGCACCGGGGCACCGGCCUAUAUCUUCUGUACCAGUGACUCGUGUUUUGAUGUUUUAGUCUCACGCUUGAAUAAAAUGCAAGAUAUACCCAUCGGUUCUAAAA